CGGGGCUAAGGGCGGGGGGCGUGGUCAGUGAGGACCCAAGAUGGCGGCGUCUGCGGCUUCUGUGAGGAGGUUGGCCACUGCUGUUUGGCUCACUCUUUUCCUGACAGUCAUCUCUGCUGUGGACAGAAGCAACUUCAAGACUUGUGACCAGAGUGCCUUUUGCAAACGCCAGCGGAAUGUGAAGGCCAGAAGUUCUCCUUACAGGGCUUUACUGGACUCACUGCAACUCAGCCAAGAUUCUUUGAAAAUCCAGCUUGUCAAUGAAAUUAACAAGGUUCCUCUCCUCCUUGAGCUAUAUGGCUUGAAAGGGAAUAUGACCCGGAUCCGAAUCAAUGAGUUGAAUCCACUCAAACCUCGCUAUGAGGUACCCGAUGUGUUAGUCCAAGAUCCACCCACCACCAGAUUGUCUGUGACAGGUCGUGAUGAUAACAGUGUGGAGUUGUCCCUGGGUGAUGAGAGCCACAAGCUCAUUUUGACUGCCAAACCCUUCCGUAUGGACUUGCUGGAGGGCCGGGAGCUGGUGCUGAGUGUUAACUCCCGAGGGCUGCUGGUCUUUGAGCACCUGCGCCAGAAGAAGGACUCUUUCUCGGAAAAAGUUAGUAGCACGGUCGUUAGCAUUUGGGAUAGGAUCAAGGACCUUUUCUCUAGGGAACCACCAAAGGAACCAGCAUCACAAGAGGAGGGAGACACUGAAGGCUUGGAUGCAUCUUUGUCUGUAGAGCAGAAGUCUACAGAGAAAAGCAACCAGGGUGACGAAAUAUCCAAUGGGGCAGAUGAAGCUGAGGAGGAGCCAGGAUCUUGGGAAGAAACAUUCAAGACCCACACAGACAGCAAGCCUAAUGGCCCAACAUCAGUGGGACUAGAUUUCUCAUUGCCGGGCGUGGAGAAUGUGUAUGGCAUUCCAGAACAUGCGGACAACCUCCGAUUACGAACUACUGAGGAAGGGGACCCAUACCGCCUCUAUAACCUGGAUGUAUUUCAGUAUGAACUUUACAACCCCAUGGCCCUCUAUGGUUCUGUUCCUGUCCUUCUUGCUCACAAUGCCCGACGUACUCUGGGAAUCUUUUGGCUCAAUGCUGCAGAGACCUGGGUGGACAUCACCUCCAACACUGCUGGCAAGACUCUUUUUGGAAAGAUGCUGGACUAUAUGCAAGGUGGAGGUGAGAUCCCACAGACUGAUGUCCGCUGGAUGUCAGAGAGUGGGAUCAUAGAUGUAUUCCUGUUGCUUGGACCAUCACCCAACGAUAUCUUCAGACAAUAUACAUCUCUCACAGGCACUCAGGCCCUGCCUCCUCUCUUUGCUUUGGCCUAUCACCAGAGUCGUUGGAACUACAAUGAUGAGGAGGACGUGAAUUCUGUGGACAAUGGGUUUGAUGAGCAUGACAUCCCAUAUGAUGUCAUCUGGCUAGACAUUGAGCAUGCUGAUGGGAAGCGCUAUUUCACUUGGGAUCCGAACAAGUUCCCCCACCCUCAGGAAAUGCUUCAGCGCCUGGCAGCCAAGAGGAGAAAGAUGGUGAGUAUUGUGGACCCGCACAUCAAGGUGGACAGUGGCUACAGGGUGCACAAUGAGAUUCGCUCCCAGGGCUUUUAUGUCAAGACCAAGGAUGGUGGUGACUAUGAAGGCUGGUGUUGGCCAGGCUCUGCAGGCUAUCCAGACUUUACUAACCCAGAGAUGCGUGCCUGGUGGUCCAGCAUGUUCGGCUAUGACCACUAUGAGGGCUCCAUGGAGAAUCUUUACACCUGGAAUGACAUGAAUGAGCCCUCCGUCUUCAAUGGCCCCGAGGUGACAAUGCACAAGGAUGCCGUGCACUGGGGCGGGUGGGAGCACCGUGAUAUCCACAACCUCUAUGCAUUUUAUGUGCAAAUGGCAACAGCACGGGGGCAGGUGCAACGAUCUGGAGGUGUGGAGCGUCCAUUUGUCUUAACUCGAGGUUUCUUUGCAGGCUCUCAACGUUAUGGUGCUGUAUGGACAGGGGACAAUGCAGCAGAAUGGGACCAUUUAAAGAUCUCUAUCCCUAUGUGUCUGAGUUUGGGUCUUGUGGGCAUUUCUUUUUGUGGAGCUGACAUAGGUGGCUUCUUCAAAAACCCAGAACCUGAGUUGCUGGUGCGCUGGUACCAAACAGGAGCCUACCAGCCUUUCUUCCGGUCACAUGCCCAUGUGGACACCAUUCGCCGGGAACCCUGGCUCUUUGGAGAAGAUAAUAAAGCACUGAUUCGGGAAGCCAUCCGCCAGCGCUAUGCUCUGCUGCCCUUUUGGUAUACCAUCAUGUAUCACAGCUACCAGACUGGCCAGCCUGCCAUGAGACCUCUCUGGGUAGAAUAUCCCCAGGACACUAUGACAUACAGCAUGGAUGACCAGUAUCUCCUUGGCAAUGCACUGCUGGUUCACCCAGUCACAGCCCAGGGCGCCCAAGGUGUGCAGGUCUACUUGCCUGGCAAAGGAGAGGUUUGGUAUGAUGUCCACACACACCAGAAACUUCAUGCACCCCAAACUCUUUAUUUAGCUGUUACCAUGAGCAGUAUUCCUGUGUAUCAGCGUGGUGGUACCAUUGUGGCUCGGAAGGAGCGAGUACGGCGGUCUUCUGACUGCAUGCAUAGUGAUCCUUACACCCUCUACGUGGCCCUGGGCCCACAGGGCACAGCACAAGGCGACCUCUUUCUUGACGAUGGGCACACGUAUAACUUCAAGACAAAGGGAGAAUACCUGCAUCGAUACUUCAAUUUCUCUGGAAACAUGUUGACAGCCAGCUCUGCAGAUCCAAAUGGUAUCUUUGAAACUCCGGCUUGGAUUGAACGGGUAGUGAUCCUCGGAGCUGGGAAGCCAGCAGCAGUGUUCCUCAAAGAAGAUGGUGCUGCAGAGACUCGCCUAGAUUUUAUCCACGAGGUGGAAACAUCUGUUUUAACCAUUCGGAAACCAGCAGUCAACAUUGGGGCAGACUGGAGCAUUUCUCUGCGAUAAUGGCACGAGGCAGGGGUGGGGGAGGUCAGCUGCAUGAAGGUAGAGAGACAUUUGCGCAGUGCUGGGGAGUUCUGGCUUGGCCCCCUCUCACUGGAAUGUAGCUAGGGUAGGCUGGUAGCUCCCCAUCUGUAGUGCCUCGGGUCCCAUGUCUCAUAUCACACAGGCAUGUCUUAAGAGAGAGGGAACAGCAAUUGCUCCCUGCUCUGAUUCUGGCUUGGCCUCUGGCCUUUUCAGAUGGUUCCAUAGAUUAAAUUUUAGCAAUAUUUGCUGUAGAAUUGAAGAUUCUCCGGGUUGGAGUUCGUUGUGAUUUGGUUUCCUUCUUCAGGGGAGUGUUUAAAAAAAAGGUGCUCCCCUCUCUCUCGCCCUCUUCCAGAAGUGCAACAUUAGGGCAUCUUUCCACAGUAGAUGCCCUUAGUCAAUCCAGUCAUGUCCCCUGCCUCCUCAGUAGUACCUCCAGCCCCAACUCUCCUUUGACAAAACUAUUUGUGACUAGAGUUCCAGGCCAAAUGUCUGGACCAACCCAAAUGAUUUACUGGACAGGUCUCAUUUCGUUGUCAAUAGGUGAAUGUAUUGAGAAUCUUCCAGUGUUUUGUUGAGCCAUCCUUGUCCCUUCCACCAUAUGCCCCUCUUUUCAUGUCCCCUGUAUCAUCUCCUUGGUUACAGCCACCUGCCUCAUAAGGUCCCAAGACCCUAUGGCCCCAUUACUAUGCUUUUUGUUCCCUACCUGUCAUUCUUUUUCUUCUCACUUCUCCCCAUACUGUGGAUGAGGAGAAAUGUUUUAUUUCUUUGAAGAGAGUGCGGUUUCCAGGUGUCAGUGAAUCACUGUCACCUCUACGUGUUUUGUUUUUUUAAUAUAUAUAUAGCUAUCUGGUGGGGACAUUAGACAAAAAAAUCAUGUGAAGGGGAAUCGGGUUGUGUUUGGACAGAAAAUGAAGCUCUGUGUUGGAGUGAAAUGAAGUUUUUAGUCUGCAGUGGGGACCUAGAAAGAGCAAAAAACAAAG